AUGUUGAACCUCUUCCUUAUUCCGACUGCUCUUCGGCGACUCAUACUAUCGCAUCAGAGCUCUCCGACUGCUAUCAGACGACUAACCACAGCUGCCGUCCAUCACGAUGCUCUCUUUGCGGACGUGGACCCUCCCACCUCAAAGGCAACCUCGACGGAGUUGCUCACGCUCACAUCCUCUACCUUGAACUCGUAUCAUGUCUCCACCCCUCCAGAAACUGCGGAACUCAAGAAAGCCGCAUUGUUCUUCUCGCGCGUACCACCGACUCUGCUCUUCAGCGCGCCCAACUUCCGCCACUUCCCACAAUCACACUUCCCAGAAGUGGCAUUUCUCGGACGCUCCAAUGUAGGGAAAAGCAGUUUGUUGAAUGCUCUCUUCGGUCGAACCAGCCAGAAAGUGGCGCAUGUUUCCAAAAGACCUGGUCGUACAAAGACCAUGAAUGGAUUCGGAGUCGGUGGAGAGGGCAUGACGGGUGCCAAAGGCAAGAAGAAAGAAGGUGAGACCAAGAAUGACGAAGCAUGGAAGCGGUUCGGGCGUGGCGGACUGAUUGUCGUUGAUAUGCCUGGAUAUGGCGGUGGCAGUCGAGAGGAAUGGGGAGUGGAAGCGCUCAAGUACCUCGAAAAUCGCAAGCAGCUCAGGCGGACGUUCGUAUUGGUAGAUGCUGAGCACGGAUUGAAGCAGUCAGACAUCUCCCUGCUGGUGCAUCUGCGGAAACAUGGCAUUUCGCACCAAAUUGUGUUGAGCAAGGUGGACAAGCUGUUGUAUCCUCACACGAAGCCGCCCGGACCUCAAGCAUUGCACAACAGAUUGCUCAAUCUGAGAGAGCUUUGCGGGAACAUCCGGCACACACUGAAUGAGGCGGUCGAGGGCGGGCGAGAUACGAUGGACGACAUCCUGUGCUGCAGCGCAGAGAAGACGUUGGACCAGCGAGGAAAGAAUUCCAGGAUAGGGAUCAAUGAGAUUCGAUGGUCCGCCAUGAGUGCUUGUGGGUUGGAAGGUUAG